UUCUCUGACAGUACACUGUAAUUCUCUCUGUUUUCUUCGACCCCGGUCAGGAUGAGAACAACGCUGUUCAUUGUUUAUCUCCUUCCUGCGCUGACAGUGAUCGCACAGGCAAGCCCAGCAGGGAGCAACGACCUUGUGGUCUCUCUGAAAAAUGGCAGAAUCAGAGGGGAAUACGUGACGGUGAAAGGCACAGAGAAGAGGGUGAAGCAAUACCUGGGAAUCCCCUUUGCCCGACCCCCUGUGGGGCCGCUCCGUUUCGCCGCUCCUCAGGAUGCAGAGCCCUGGGAAGGGGAAAGAGAUGGCACACGUCACCCCCUCAUGUGCAUCCAGGAUCCGCAAAUAGCUGUGAAUGUUUCCAAGACCAUGUCAAUGCAAUACACCCCACCGGACAUUUCAGAAGACUGUCUGUAUCUGAACGUAUACGUUCCUCCUGACUCAACAAGUGCGGACAAACUGGCGGUGAUCGUGUGGAUCCAUGGAGGAGGUCUGUCCAUGGGUGCAGCUUCCCAGUAUGAUGGCGCUUCAUUAGCUGCCUAUGAAAACGUAGUGGUGGUUAUCAUUCAGUAUCGCCUCGGCAUUCUGGGGUUCCUGAGCACUGGAGAUGAACACGCUCAGGGCAACUGGGGUUUAUGGGAUCAGCUGGCUGCCCUGAGAUGGGUGCAUGAAAAUAUCGAGGCCUUCGGUGGUGAUCCACAAACUGUCACAGUGGCUGGAGAAUCUGCAGGAGGCAUCAGUGCGUCUAUACUGACUCUGUCUCCACAAGCAAAAGGACUGUUUCACAGGGCGAUUUUUCAAAGUGGAGUGGCAACACUUGGGACUUACACUACAAGCCAUCCUUUGGGUUAUGCCAAGAUUGUUGCCAACAUUACUGGAUGUGACCGCAGCACUACAGAGGAACUGAUCCAGUGUAUGAAGGGAAAAAGUAAAGAUGAGCUAGUUGAUGCGACUAAAAAGAUGAAAAUUUACCUGGGAGCCGUGGUGGAUGGGGUGUUUCUGUCUGACACAGCAGAGGAACUUCUCAAGAAGAAAGAAGUGCUGAAGAUUCCUGUGAUGAUGGGAAUAACCAACCAUGAGUUUGGAUGGAUCCUACCUCAGAGCUUUGCCCCUCCUGGCUGGGAGCAGGGGAUGAACAGAGAGUCUGUGCUGGCAGUGGUGAACAUGUUCAAUCCUACAGGGGCCUCCUUAGUCAACGGCCUCAUCGCAGACGAGUACCUGAAAGACGCUAAGACCCCGGAAGAGAUCAGGGACGCAUUCACCGAAAUCAUAGGAGACCUUCUGAUGACGCUGCCUGUCGUCAAGGUGGCCGGAUACCACUCAGACGCAGGUGCUCCUGUUUACAUGUACGAGUUUGUACAUCGUGCAGAGAUACACAAGCACACUAGACCCAGCUUCGUGAAGGCGGAUCAUGCGGAUGAUGUGGGCUUCAUGUUUGGUGGAUGUUUCUGGAAUGCACAUAUAAAAAUCAUAGGCAAUAUUACGAAGGAGGACGAAAGACUUUGUAGGACCAUGAUGGCGUACUGGGCCAAUUUUGCUCGUACUGGCUCUCCCAACGGCCCUGAUCUGCUCAACUGGCCUCAAUAUGACAAGCAGAAGCAGGAGUACAUAGAGCUGGGUCUGACGCAGACAGUGAAACAGAAACUGAAGGAGGACCGGGUCCAUUUUGCGACUGUUGUACUCCCUCAGAAGCUGGAACAGUUUGCAGCAGCAGCCAAAUCUGGAAACUGAUCUCUGCAAGCUGUCACAUUGUUUGUACUAGUCCCGAGUUUUUGAGAGUUUUUAAUGUCUCCUUGGCAAAACUAAGUGGUACAAUGUUAAUUACUGCCUGGAGACCUUUAUCUCUGUUUUAGGAUGGAUUCACUGUGCUUCCUUUCAAAGUCAUUGUAAUUCAAUGCGUGUACUCUGUAACAUAGCUAUAAUUAAAGGAAAUCCUUUCACUGCA